CCUGAAAAGUAUGGGGGAAGCCGUGGCGAAGAGGCAGAAGACGUCGUGUUCCCUACGCCGACGGAGCAGCCGACGAGACUCGCGAUGGCACAGGAAAAGAAAACCAUCCCCAAUGGCAUCAAAUUCCUCUUCGGCGGUCUUGCGGGGAUGGGCGCGACCUGCUUCGUGCAGCCCCUGGAUCUGGUCAAGAACAGAAUGCAGGUCGCGACAAGCAAAGAGCACAAGACCAGCUACCAUGUUAUACGACAUGUCAUAAAGAGCGAGGGCUUCACAGCGCUUUACUCUGGUCUCUCGGCUGGCCUUCUGCGCCAAGCCACCUACACUACCACACGCCUUGGCAUCUACACAUGGCUCUUUGAGAAAGCUUCAGGACCCAGUGGUGAACCUCCAAACUUCUUAGUGAAGGCAGUCUUAGGCAUGACAGCAGGUGUAGCUGGGGCCUUUGUUGGCACUCCUGCUGAGGUGUCCCUCAUUCGCAUGACCUCAGACGGCAGACUACCCCUGGCUGAGAGGCGCAACUACAAGAAUGUGUUUGAUGCACUGCUGAGAAUGGCGCGGGAGGAAGGCGUGUUCACCCUAUGGAGAGGAGCUAUUCCUACCAUGGGCAGGGCCAUGGUUGUGAAUGCAGCUCAGCUAGCAUCAUACUCACAGGCAAAGCAGGCACUUUUGGGGACAGGUUACUUCCGAGAGAACAUCUUCCUCCACUUCUGUGCCUCCAUGAUCUCUGGUCUCGUCACAACAGCUGCCUCCAUGCCUGUCGACAUUGCCAAGACUAGAAUCCAGAACAUGAAAAUAAUUGAUGGCAAGCCAGAAUACAAGGGUGCUUUGGAUGUUCUGGGCAAGGUGAUCCGCAACGAGGGCUUCUUUUCACUCUGGAAAGGUUUCACACCAUACUAUAUGCGUUUAGGACCCCACACCGUCCUCACUUUCAUCUUCCUCGAGCAGAUGAAUCUUAUCUACAAGAAGCAUGUAUUAGGGGAUUCCUCAGCCAAGGGAGGAGGCCUUUAAGGGAGCCCACUGGUGGUGUAGUUGCAGUGUAGUGGAUUGUAUUCAUGUAAUUUUUUUUUUUUUUUUUUUCUCUAUCAUUAACCUUUUUUUCUAAAAAUUUGUGGGUGAGAUGACAAUUUGUUUUUAUUUAUUUAUUUACUUUUUUAAUGAAAAAUCUGCAAUCUACUCCAUUUGUGUGUGUAGGUAUUUAUAAGGGGCCAUUAUUUAUUGCCCUCCCCACUCCUUAAGAGGAGAAGAGAAAAAGUAAAAUGCCUUUUAAAGCUUGUAGGAAAAGUAGGAAAAUUCUUUGUUCAGAAAAAUUCAACAUUUUUCACCUAUUUCAGUAGAUAUCACGAACCUAACAUUGUGUGUUGCAUAAGCAUAGGAAGCAACACAACCUGGGCUGUGUCCUAUGUUGCCAGUAUCUAACAAGAGUAUUUUUAUGAGUUUUGUUUGGAUGCUGUAUGGGGUUGACUAAGAGUCGAGAGUUGAGAGAGAGAACUCAUCUGACUUUCUUUCCAACACACAGAAUGUCUAGAUAAGUUUGUCAAAUUUGCAGAGGAUAAGAUAGGAAGUGGGUCAGAACAGGAGGAUGCACUUGAUGGGAAUGUGAGCUCUUUUAACUUCUACCAGUUGAGAAUCCUUUAUAUGUUCUGGGUUCUGACAUGGGAGAGGACUAGUGCUCAUUAUCCCUAAUAGUUCUAUGGAAUGAUGCAAUAAAAAACAAUACUUAAUUUUAGGAGUAGAUGAAGUGCAAGAUAGAUAAUGUAGAUGUGAUGUGGUCUGGUGUAAUAUAAAAAAGUACUGAAUUCUGAAUAGUUAAUGUAAAUGUUUAAAUCUAGAGAAAAUUUAUAGUGAGUUUAUAUUGGCCACUUCCUAGCCAUGAUGUAACAGGAAGAAAAAUGAGUGUUGGAACUUUGGUAAUUUGUAGUGAAUUUGAUAACUUGUGGAAGAAUGGUGACACAGAUAUUAAGUAUAUAUAUAAUUGUUAUCAAUACUUUUUUCCAGUAUUUCUUGUUAUUUUGGAGCUAGUAGAGGCAUGUGGUCUUGUAUGUAUGCUUGAAAAAGAAAAUAAUUUUCACCUAAAAUAUUGGGAAAGAAAGUGGUUGAUCUGACUUGAAAUAGGAGUGUCUAGAGAUGGGAUUGAUUGAAGCUGUGAUGUGCAAAAGAGGUCUGGAGAUCCUCACAUAAAAAAAAAGAACCAUAGGACGUUCCCAUGAGGCCCAGGAUUCUAACUUUAUUGUAGCUGUUGUCAUAUUCUCCUGAGAUGUACCUGGUGAUAAUCUUUAAAAGGUUUAUCAUUAUUCCUUAUGCUAAAUCCCCUUUUGUGUCAUCAUCAGUUGUACCAUUAUUGUUAUUUUGUAUACUGUUAUCUAUUAAGCUAUUCAGCUGUUUGACUUGGUUAUAAAUCCAAGUCCAAGGGGAAUUUCUCUCUAAAACUCUCAGAGAAUAUUGUUUCAUAGCUAUGAUGCUGUUGAUAUUUUUUUGUUUUGUUUAUAAAUGAACUACUUGUCUUCCUUAUCAGUCUCUGAAAUUAAAGGAAGCUGCCACAUGUGAAGUAAUGAUUAAAUAGCAGUUGUUAACCACAGGACAGGACAGUGGUUUUUGAAAGCACUGGGACAACCUGAACCUGAACAUGGACGCUGUGGCAUUAUAUUUUUGUAAUGGUGCAACGCUUAAUGGGACUUAAAAAACAUCUUUUAAUGUGUAAAACGUACUGGGGAAGGACAUCAUCAUGUGCCAUUCAUGGUAACAUCCACCGCACAUUAGGACCAAUGAGAGUGCUUACUUCUCGUCACUUUUUGUAUCUUUGAAAAAGUACAUAUCAAAAUUUUUUUGGGAGGGUACUAUGUGGCUGUUUUUGUACACUCCAUUUUCAUGCUGACUUUGG